GCAGGAACGUGCCACCUCUCAAAAGACGCGCCCAGGAUCCUAUAUAAAUAUCAAUGUCUUCAACUCCCAAGCUCACCAAACGCCAAAAAAAGGGCAUAGCUUUCCGCGAGGGCAAAGGCAAAUCAAAAAACCAAGUAGACCUGGAGCACGAUGUCCCUAUUCUCGAACUUCAGGACCUUAGUGACGGUCGGGCUAGCGGUGAGGAGGGUGGGGAGGACAUUCAAGGCGCUCAAAGGAGUGUUGGGGGGGAAAGGAAAGGAAGGAAAACGGCCGUGGCUCAGAAGGACGGAGAGAAAGAAGGGCUGGUGGUGGCAACGAAAAAGAGAAAGAGGGAAGUUGCGGAAGAUGCACAAGGAGCCGGAGAUCUAGAAGGAGAGGAUGGGCCGUUGGGGAAGCGAGGAGUUAAGAGAACCAAGGGAGAUGCUGGGGAUGUUGCAGAAGAUGCUGAGCAGGGAGAGUCAAAAACCGAAAAAUCAAAACAACGUUUUAUUCUGUUUCUUGGAAAUCUUAAAUAUACCACCACUUUAGAAUCAAUAGAGGCUCACUUCGCAGCAUGCGAUCCACCACCUACCAUCCGUUUACUUGCACCUAAAUUAGCUGCUAAUAAACCAUCAAGACCCGUGAUGAAAUCCAAGGGAUGCGCUUUCCUUGAAUUCAGGCAUCGCAAUGCUCUUCAGCAGGGCCUCAAACUGCACCACUCCAGUUUGGAUGGUCGUCAGAUCAAUGUUGAACUUACUGCUGGCGGUGGCGGCAAGGGCGAAGCGAGGCUGUCGAAGUUGAAGGAACGGAAUAAGGAGUUGGAGAGUCAGCGACAAAAACAACUCCAGAAGAAAGCCAAUUCAAAAGGUGAAGAGCCAGCGUCUAGGAUGGAUGCGGCAAAGAGAUUUUCUACAACAUCAGGCGCCGAUCAGGAGGUGCAGAAAAAGCGGACAUGGACGGUCGGUGACACGGAAGACUCCACGACACAUCGCGGGGGAAAGAAGCACGUGAAGGCUGAUAAAACACGGCGGACCAAAAGCAAAGACUGGGGUACUGGCGUUAAUGCUAUCCCUGUUGGCUGAGUUUCAUUUUGCGGAGUAUUCUGUGAUUCCUUCCU